CACCGCCAAAUCUGGACUUUUCACUACAAUCACAUUCGGCUAAGCGAUGGUAACGGCGAUGGUACAUUAUUCGAUUCUGGUGAGCUUACAUGGGCACUGGAUAAUAAUCCUGAUACCGUACCUCAACUGACCAUCGACAUGACCCGAUGUCAUCGUGUUUGUGAGGCGGACUCAAUUACAGGAAAUUCGCAUUCAAUCCUAAUGGCCUUCAAGACCGAAGGCGAUUCUUCGCAACCAUCGAUCGUCUAUGUGAAAGCUGACACGACGGACGAGAUUCGUUGGUGGCAGAAUAUGCUGAACGCCUACGCGAAGCAAAACACCAUCCAAGUUCGACCGAGGCGACAAAUGACCGACGAGAAGUAUGAGCCAAUAGCGUCCAUGAUGGUUCUCUACGUUUUGGGAAAUAGCGAGGGGAUAGGAGAUCAGGAGAUUAAGAUAUCGGAAAAAUUCACAUCCAAAAAUUUGAUACGUAUUCAUCUGGAGAAUGGAGAUUAA